AUGUUGAUUUCAAGCUCAACAAGAGUCCUCACACAAAAAGCAAAGCAUCAUGCUAUGUUGAAGACCACAUCGUGGAGGUACUUAUCAGGAUCGUCCACACCCAAGCUCAUCAAACGAGGAAGAUAUGUCGAAUUAUCAGUCGCAUGCGUCAUUGCAGGAAUCACAGUUAAUGAAUACUUGAAAUUUCGUUGUCAAAAUACGGUUAAACUGGAUUCGAUAGAAAGUGCUCCACGGAAGAUAUCGACUUUGCAACUUUCAAAACAUUGCCUACCAGAAGAUCUUUGGGUUCGUAUCGGGGACGCUAUUUACGAUUUGACAGACUUUAUCUCCUGGCACCCUGGAGGGAAGGACAUAAUUAUGCAGUUUGCUGGAAAAAGUGCAACUGAUGCUUUUAUGAAGCAACACAGCAAGAGAUUCUUGGAAAUGUUACCUCCAGAAGCGUACAUAGGCAAAGUCGAUCUUACUCAGCAGGAACUUGAUCAUGAAAGAAUAGAAAGAAAGAAUCUGUCGACGAAAAAAUAUGAAUUAGAAAAUAAAGUUGUUGUGGAGAACAAAAAUGAAGAAGAAGCUUCGAUCAAUGCGAGUGUAUUUGAAAAGCCCCCUUUAGAAUUAAUGUUCAAUGUCAAUGACUUUGAGGCGGUAGCCAAAAAGAUUUUGCCUAGUGAUAUCUAUAUGUAUUUUGCUACAGGCUCGGAUGAUGAAGCUACAUUGCGAGAGUGCCAUUUAGCCUAUAGCAGGAUCUUCUUCAAACCUAGGAUUUUAAGAGAUACGAAUGACGUUGAUACAUCCGCCACACUAAUUGGUACGAAAGCUUCGCUUCCCUUAUAUAUUACUGCCUUUGCUGGGCAGUCUUACUUGGAUGAAGACGCGGAUAUGGCUUUAGCGAAAGUAGCCAAGAAGAAGGGGAUCAAAUUCAUGUACUCCAGACUAGGAGCUUAUCCUGUGAAAGAGAUGUCUACAUUUUUUGGUAAUACCCCAUUCUGGUGCCAGGUUUGUGUCCAUUAUGGAGAUCCUAAACUAAAGAGUGCCAUAGAGGAGCUUAAUAGAUAUGAUAACAUAGAAGGUAUUUUCAUCACCACAGAUGCUGCUGCUGGUGGAAAUCGAGAAAAAGAUUUCAAAACCAGAGCUCAGGAAGCUUCAAGACCUGAAUUGGCUAAAUUUGCAUCCCCUGUCAAGCCGUAUCCGUCUAUAACAUGGGAAGAUAUAGUCGAAGUUAGAAAGCUCACCAACAAGGCGAUAAUCUUAAAAGGGGUUCAAUCAGCAGAAGAUGUGUUACUUGCAGCUGAAAAGGGCUUAGAUGGGGUCGUAAUAAGUAAUCAUGGAGGCAGGCAAUUGGACUAUUCACAACCUCCCCUCGAAACCUUAGCGGAAGCCAUGCCCCUACUUCGUAAACAAGCUUACUACAAUAAGGAAAAGUUUCAGGUAUUCAUAGAUGGUGGUGUUAGAAGAGGAAGUGAUAUUUUGAAAGCAGUGGCCCUAGGAGCAUCAGGUGUGGGCAUGGGUAAAGGCUUUGCAUUUGCAGUUGCAAGUUAUGGUGAGAAAGGAGCAGAGAAGUUAUACGACCAGUUAAAUCUGGAGGUGAUCCGAGAUAUGAAACUACUCGGGGUCAGUAACACCAUGAUGCUCAAUCAAGGUUACCUAAAUAUGAAAGGAUUCUACAAUAGAGUUGGCAAUUAUGAUGAUUCUUACUUCAAAAACUAUGAGGCUUUGCCGCUGCCAUUUCCAGGAAGAUAA